GGCUGCCCUUCUGGAUUUUUAUUUUCCACCGACCGUUCGAGUGCGCCCGACGUUUCUGUCGGUUGUCCGUUUUGUUUUUCGCUGUUGUUCGACAACUGCCAGUUAAAUCCGAUUUUCAUUUCGUUUUGAAUUCGAUAUUUUAUCUUAAAACUUCUCACCCGGAAUCCUCCACGAGAAAAUAACAUGUCGGGAAAACUUUUGCUCACCGACGAUCCGGCUUAUAAAGCCCUAGCCGAUUACUAUACCUGCGUGGGCUCGUCGUUGAACAUCAAGAAAUUGUUCGCCGACGACAAUGACCGAUUCAACAAAUUCAGUUUACGGUUAACUACGCCAAAUGAUGGAGAUGUGUUAAUUGAUUACUCGAAAAACCGUUUGGACGAAAAAGCUUUUGGCCUGUUAUUGGACUUGGCAAAAUCCAGAAAGAUCGAAGAGGCUAGAUCUUGUAUGUUCAACGGAGAACGUAUUAAUAUGACUGAGAAACGACCUGUGUUGCACGUAGCCCUGCGUAAUCGUUCAAACAAACCAAUAAUAGUCGACGGUUCAGAUGUAAUGCCCGAAGUUAACGGUGUUCUGAACCAUAUGAAAGAGUUUACCGAACGAGUGAUUUCCAAGAAAUGGUUGGGUUAUACUGGUAAACCUAUUGAAGAUGUCGUUAACAUUGGUAUCGGAGGAUCGGAUUUAGGUCCAUUAAUGGUAACGGAAGCGUUAAAACCCUAUGCCAUUGGUCCUCGUGUUCAUUUUGUAUCCAACAUUGAUGGAACGCAUUUGGCCGAAAUCCUAAAAAAAGUCAAUCCGGAAACUGUGUUGUUUAUAAUCGCCAGCAAGACUUUUACCACUCAAGAAACCAUCACUAACGCAACGUCUGCUAAAAAAUGGUUCAUUAACACGGCCAAAGAUGCGUCUUCAGUUUGCAAACAUUUUGUAGCUUUGUCCACCAACAAGGUGAAAGUAACUGAAUUUGGUAUCGACGAGGCCAACAUGUUUGGAUUUUGGGAUUGGGUUGGUGGACGAUAUUCGCUUUGGUCCGCAAUCGGUCUUACCAUUUGUCUGUCCAUUGGAUUUGAAAAUUUCGAGACUUUACUAUCUGGAGCACAUUACAUGGAUCAACAUUUUCUCAACACUCCUUUGGAGAAAAACGCGCCAGUUAUUUUGGCCUUAUUGGGAAUUUGGUAUCACAAUUUCCACGGUGCUGAAACUCACGCCUUACUGCCCUAUGACCAGUACUUGCAUAGAUUCGCUGCUUAUUUCCAACAAGGCGAUAUGGAAUCUAACGGAAAAUCGGUUACCGUGGGCGGCACACCGAUUACUUCAUUUUCUACCGGCCCGAUAGUGUGGGGUGAACCUGGCACUAACGGUCAACACGCUUUCUAUCAGUUGAUUCACCAAGGCACUCGUCUUAUUCCAGCUGAUUUUAUCGCCCCAGCGGUCACUCAUAAUUGUAUUAGUGACGGAAUUCAUCACAAGAUUUUGAUGGCCAACUUCUUGGCCCAAACCGAAGCAUUGAUGAAAGGUAAAACACCCGAUGAAGCUCGCAAAGAACUCGAAGGAUCCAAUUUAGAAACCAAAGAACUCGAGAAAUUGGUUGCUCAUAAAACGUUUUCUGGAAAUCGUCCAACGAAUUCGAUUGUGUUCAAACAAAUUACUCCGUUUACAUUAGGACUAUUGAUUGCUCUGUAUGAACAAAAAAUAUUUGUUCAAGGAAUCAUUUGGGAUAUCAACUCUUUUGAUCAAUGGGGUGUGGAAUUGGGUAAACAACUCGCCAAACAAAUCGAGCCGGAACUUCAAACUUCCAAGAACAUUACUAGUCACGAUUCGUCAACAAACGGUCUCAUUAAUUUUAUCAAGUCCAAUUGGUCAUAAACGAGUCGCCGUGUUUGUUAUUUAUUUUAUAAUUAUACUAGAACAAAUGCAUUUUUUUUUUUUAAAAAAGAAAGCUUACCAAAUACCAUUUUAUGUUUUUAAAUAUUUAGAGCUAAUAAACUGUUUUCUAGUUAUAUUUUUUAA